AAGAGGAAUCACAGCCAUGAUGAAGACUCUGUGUGUCGCUGCUCUUGUGCUGAGUCUCUCCUCAGUGUGCCAGCCUGCGUCGCUGGCCUGUGAGAAGCUGCUGCAGCCAGUGGACAAGGCUCCAGAUUUAUCUGGGAGGUGGUAUGUCAUAGCCAUACCUACAUCCUGUUUUUGGCAGAUGAUGGCCAGAGUUUUAUUACCAAGUGUUCACGUGGAAGUUACCUCCAAAGAGACACCACAUUUCUAUGAUUUAAUCGUCAAAGCAAAACUAGAUGGAGUAUGCGGCAACAAUACCAAACGAUUUUUCCAGGAGAACAACAAGCUCUUUGAUGUAGACAGUAACAACGCUUCACAUGGUGUCCCUGAUGUGCUUCUGCAGACUGGCUGUCCUGACUGCAUUGUUUCAAAGGGGGACCUUUUCCCUGAAAUACUCACAAUUUUUAGCAGGAGAACAAACAUCACCGCUGCUGAGCUGAAGGAAUUUGAGACCCAGGCAGAGUGUCUCGGCUUGACCAAGCCGCAGGUUUUACACUCAGAUCAUGAUUUUACAAACUGCAGAUCAGAGGAAGAUAAGGAAGCUAUGGCUAUUCAUCAGAACGCCUUUGUACAAAGACUCAUGGACGUUUCUGGCAGCAUCCUCAAAUGUUAGCUGAAAGUUCGACAGUCAUGGGGAACUUCACAUCUACUGUAUGCCAUUAUAAUGGAAGAUCAAUGAGAAUAAUCCCCAGUUGUAAUACUUAAUUUCCUGCUCUGUCCUGAGGACAAGCGGAGGAUGUUGUAAAACCACGACUAACAUACUUCUAACAGUCCCCCUCCUCUCUGCUGCUGUGGAGGAGAUUACCAAUGGAAUGCAGGCCUUUUUGGUCUGUAGAUAGUUAACUCUCCAUCCCCACAGAGUCUUAAACCCCCCCAUAUGUGCUAUGCUCUCAGUCAUCCCACCUUAUCGUUAUCAAUUUAGCCACUCUUUGGUAAAUGAGCAUUGGAAUUGCUAUAAUAUCGACUUACACAUGUUUUUCUAAAAUGUUUCAAUCCAAUGUGUUAAGUUGUUUAAAAGUUAAUUAUAUGGUUUGAUUUGUUGUUCUAAAAUGAUAAACUCUCAAAUCCAACAGGAACCCUUUAUUCUCUACUCAGGUUGUUGAUGAUCAGUGUCAUUGUGGUACAAAAAUGAUGAAUUCACUUUUCUUGGAUAAAUAGUAUCAUCACUUAUAAGUAAUUCACCAAUAAACAAGGUUGAUUUAA